CCAUGUUUUGGGCAACACAAAAGUGAUGAAAGUCCAAAAUGACCAAAAUCUGAGUUAUUUAAUUCUCCACCUACAACGACGAUAUAUAAGUAGUUAUAUCCUCAUUGGUCAUAUUUUGUCAUGUGCCAAAAAAUACUUUGAAGUACAUAUGCCUUUUAGCCCGCCUUCAAAAUUUUUUGUAUCAUAAAAUAAAAAUAUUACGAAAAAUAAUAUUUUAACAGAUUUUUACCUAAAACCUCAGCAUGUCGCGUCGACACGAAGACUUUGAUGAAUUUUGUGAUCCAGAAAAUCCAAGAACAAUAAAGUAUGAAGAUGUAGUGGAUGCCGCGGAUAGAAUACGGCCAUAUAUAUUAAAAACUCCGUGCUUUCCUUCACAUCAUCAAAAAGAUUUUUCUAUUCACAUAUACUAUAAAUGUGAAUUUUUACAAAAGUCUGGAAGUUUCAAAGGAAGAGGUGCAUCAAACACACUUCAACUUUUACCUUUGGAUAAAAAGAAACUUGGCAUAGUAGCAGCAUCUAUAGGCAAUGAAGCAUGGGCUCUAUGUUACCAUGCUUUUAAGUUAAACAUCCCUACUAUUAUAGUUAUGCCUAAUAAUGUACCACUAGACAAGAUAUUGAAAUGUCAUAGUCUAGGUGCAAAGGUAAUUCUGCAAGGAAGUAAUUUAAUGGAAUCUCAAAGAUACGCUCGAGCAAUUGCUCGAGAUAAAGGGCUUACAUACAUUAACGGACGUGAUCAUCCACAUAUGCUGGCAGGUUUUGGUACUGUAGGAUUAGAAAUUUUAGAACAAGUACCCUUUGUGGAUGCUGUUAUAGUGCCAGUAGGUGGCGGCGGUCUUAUAUCUGCCAUAGCCAGAGUUAUCAAACACGUGAAACCAACGUGUCUUGUUUAUGGCGUUCAAGUCGACAAUAUGCCUGUUUUUUUCAAAUCUUUGGAAAUAGAUGACUUAUUAACUGUGCCUAUGCAGUCAACUAUGGCGGAUGCUAUAGCCGUUACAAAUGCAGGAGUUAAUGGUUUCCAUAAUGCUCGACCAUUAGUGGACGAAAUGUGGCAGUUACUUGUCAAUGAAGACUGGGUAGCUCGCUCAAUACUACAUUUAAUGGAAAUGGAGAGAUUUGUAGUCGAAGGCGCGGGGGCAUGUCCACUAGCAGCAAUAAUUGGAAACCUAGUACCGGAAUUGAAAUUAAAAAAUGUUGUUUGCGUUCUGAGCGGUGGAAACAUUGACAACCUUCUGUUGUCACGUUGUUUGGAAAGGGGCCGAGCUGCCGAAGGUCGCCUAGUGAGAUUCAAAGUUGGCACCAAAGACAAUACCCCUGCAAUCGCCCAUUUGUGUAAGUUACUCGUAAACGGCGGGUUCAAUAUUAUCCAGCACUUCCAUGAACAUAUCUGGAUCGACAACGAGGUUUACAAUGUUGAGAUAAGGGUUGUGUGUGAAACAAGAGGUCUAGACCAUGCCUUGGAAUUAAAAAGAAUAAUUGAAAGAAAUUAUCCCUGCACAUCUGUUUUCGAAACGGAGCCAUUAAAUGAUAAAAGAACUUGUCCUUGCUAUGUCCGGAAAAUAGUUUAAAUCACUAUCAUAUUAUUAACAAUACUUAUAUAUCUACAGUUACAGAUUAUGGAUUUGUUGAAUUUUUUAUUGCUUUAAUUAAUAAACUUCACAUUAAUUGUUUACGUACUGAUAAUAGAAUUUUUACUUGCUUAUCUUAUAGCAAUAAUUAAAAAAAAACAAAGAUACUUUGUCAGUGCUACAUCUGUACAUAUAAUAAAAUAUUAUACAUUUCAAGCAAUAAAAUACAUGAUAGAACAUAA